AUAGAAACAUUUCACAAAAAUGGUAACCAUCAAAGCUUCGUACACAGUAGUUCCGAAUCAACCAACUCCAGGAGGUAUCCAAUGGCUCUCUGAUAUCGAUCAAGUGGCGCGUCUGUGCCAUACACAGACCAUCUACGUUUUCCAUGCAAAGCACAACCAUGACGCAUUAGUUGAACAGAUGAGAAACUCUCUUAGCAAACUUUUGUCGCAUUACUAUCCAGUUGCUGGUAGAUUGAGAAGGUUAGAAGAAGGUGACAGAUGGGAAUUGGAUUGUAAUGCAAAAGGAGCGGUGUUGAUUGAAGCAGAAUCCACAAAAACAGCGAACUAUUAUGGUGACUUUUUGGGUGAAUCCGCCAAUGACUUGGUUCCAACAGUCAAUUACACAAAAACCUUCAUUGAGGAACUUCCCUUGUUACUAGUGCAAGUAACAAGCUUCCUUGGUGAUGAAGCGUUUUGCAUUGGGGUUGCUAUAUCUCAUCUUUUGUUUGAUGGUAUUUCUGCCAUUCACUUCAUCAAUUCAUGGGCAAAGUUGGCUCGUGGAGACACAUUAGAGCCUCAUGAAAUGCCCUUUCUGGAUCGAACUGUGCUAAAAUUCACUAAUCCUCCAUCAACCUCACGCUUUGAUCACCAAGAGUUCAAGCCUAUGCCUCUCAUAUUACGAAGAAGUGACAACACUGUUGAGAGAAACAAGAGGGUAAAUGCCACUACGUUGAAGCUGACAGCAGAACAAGUGGCACUAAUAAAAAAUAGGGUUUAUACAGCACACAUUAUGUCACAGUUCACCAGAAACCGCAGCACAAUGGUGUGCGGUGAUAGUUUUGUAAAUAAAUCGAACUUAUAUGCUGUGGUUCACCUCUUAACUGCGACAUAUACCCCAGUCAACCAUCACCUUUGAUGCCACGUCAGGAAAAAAUUUAAAUAACAGGGGUAUAUGCCGCGGUUCUUUGAGGAAUCGCGGCAUAUACGCCUGCUACCUUCUGACAGUUAGCCCCUGCAACCUACUGACAUUCCCCAAAAGGUAGUUAGGGAUGGAGAAUGUCAGAAGGUAGAGGGGUAUAUGCCGCAGUUCUCUGAACAACCACGGCAUAUUCCCCCCUGCCACAUUCUGACAUUCCCCAAAAGGCAGUUGAGGGAUUCAGAACAGCAGGGAAUAGGCCGCGGUUCCCCCGCAACUGCGGCCUAUACCCUUAUCUGAAUAAAAUUUAAAUUUUUAAGGGGAGAAUAG